AUGAGUUUUUUAUGGGGAUCUACGAAGGCCAAGAAAAGUAAAAAUAAAAAGGUCGGAGGUUCUCUUCCAUCAAGUGCUAUUUCACAGCAACGUGUAAAGCCAACACGUAAAAAUGUUCCCAUAGAUUACCCAAGGACUUUGGAGAAAGUGCAUGGUGAAAGCUUAAUUUUUAGAACAUCCCUUUUAACUGAAUUGGUGAGUACUGGUAAGUCUGGUAUUGGACCUCCAGACUUAAUCCAUUGUACAGAGCUAGAUAAAUUUCAUGAUGAAAAAAUUGGCGAAUUCUUUUACAUCACCGGGAUCGACGCUUCGAGUAUCUCCAUGCCAAUUGCAUUUUUGAAGCUGAUAAAAUGGAAUGAUGGCAAGAAACUGAAAUCAGUAUCCUUGAAGAAUGACAACAUUACGACCUACUGCACCUUCAAUAUCUUUCAGAGAUUGGACAUCAGGUUAAGAUAUGAAUCUGAAGACGUUUAUCAAGUUAAUGUUAUUGAUUGUUUGGAUGGAAAAAAUGAAAUAUCGUUGAGUGAUCUCAUUUGGGAAGAAACUUUCGUGAGCUGCUGCAUAAGAAGCAUGAUCAUUAAUUCAGAUUUUGAAAGAAAAAUGCCUGGGUUAGUGGAAUUGCCAUUUGUUUUUGAAAAUCGAUGCCCAAGUGAUUACAAAAGGGUAAUUGAUUCAUUGUGUAAAUUCUUACCAAGAUUUUUGGAAUGUGGUUGGGAUUCUACGAAGAGCGUCUACGCAACAAUACUAAAUAACUACCUAACCGAAUCAUUAUUGGUAUUCCUGUCUAUAACUCCAGGAUUUAUAACAGACUAUGCGAUCCAAGUUUUAGAUAAACUAAUCACGAACGACCCAUCAAAUUCUAGAUAUUACGCUAUUGUUAUUAUUUCUAUCAUGGAACAAAGCAGUGACCGCGAUUUAGAAAUGGUUAAACGAAUACAUGCUGUAUUAGACCUAUUACUACCCGAACUAUAUGAAUUGGCAUCUGACGACCCUUACAGUUCCGACUUAAUCAAUUGCAUCACCGAUGUGUUAAGCAUUCAAGCAAGGUUUCUGUUGGAUAGCAACGACUAUGAACUAUCUUUAUCUAUUGCCACAUUGGCCACUAAUUUAUCUUCAGACAAUUUUGAGUCUUGGUUCCUGUUGUGCAAAAGCUAUGUUUUUUUACAGCAGUACGAUAAGGCACUGCUCUCAAUUAAUUCGAUGCCCUGUUUAGCUGAAUACGACAUUGUUAAACAGGCCCAGAUCAAUGCGUUUAAGUUGCAUAUGAACUUCUACAAGGCACCAUUAUGCCAUAGCAGAGAACACUGUACUAUGACCUCACAUGAGUUGAAUCACCUCAUGAAUACCAUGCAUUACGAAAAUGAAUUGGAGCUGAGGACAAUAAUAUUUGGACGCACUGUAAUGCCCAACGAAUCUAAAUACGGAUGUAUUGAAGAGAUAUGGAAUAAAUCCUGUCUUGAAUUAGGACCCAUUUGCGGACCCCAAAGUGACAAUCUCAUAAACUUUGUCUCUCAGCAAGAGGUAAACACUGUAGGCGAUCUAAUGUUACUGAAACGAAGCAAAGAAACCAGACAAACGAGUUGGUUUAGUGAGCAAGUGCGUCUUCUGUUGAUGGAGCUAGUUGCUAGAAUCGGCUGGAAUGCCUUACUUCAGCUAAGGUCUGAGGUUUUCGUUAUGGAAAGCAAAUUCAAAAUGAUAGAUUCUUCAGAUAAACUGUCCACAGAACUGCGUCAGAAGAGGCUAUGCCAGAGAUGGUUUGAUUCUAUGUUUUUAGACAUUUAUGAAGACUUGAGUAUUAGCACUUCAUCUCAAGAAAAUAAGGCUACGGCGAAAUACAGCGGGUUGGAAUGGGAACUGCUCGGCUUAACUUUGCUUCGAGUCAGUGACUUACCCGAUGCAGUAGCAUGCCUACGAACAAGUAUUUUGGCAAGGUUUGACCCUAUCAGUUGUUACCAUCUCUUGAACCUCUAUUUAUCCAUGGGUUUUAAUGAUGAGUUUAUGAGAAGAUUUGACGUCGAUAUCAUUUUGGACUUACUAGUGAAAUUGAUCUCCUUUCGUAUACGCUUCUAUGACAGAUUUCAGAUAUUUUCCCUCCAAGUACUAAGGAAGCUAGAGGGGCAGCUAGGCUCCGAAAUUAUCAAGAAUAAAAUAAUCAACUCUCUUUAUGGGCAAGCUGGAAUUACGUUGGUAAUAGAUUAUAUGCUUGGAUGCCUUUCUGAGAAUGGGGAUGAAUCCUACUUAGCCUACGAACGGCCUCUUCCAGAGCUUCCUUCCACUAUUCGAGAUCCGGUAGGCUAA